CUCCUCCCUCUGCCUGGCCGAGUCCCGCUGCCUGACGAGGCCUCCUUCGCCGCGAAGAGAUAAUGAUGGAAGACAUCAGUGGUGUGUGCCUUACUGACACAAAAACUGCAGUUCCUCUUGUGGAAAUGGAGAGUGCAACUGAAAAUCUAACAAAGGAAGAUGUGGGAGAAGAAAACAACAUGGAGAACACUUCAGAUACUUCCAAUAUGUAUAGAUAUAUUAAAGAUGACUUGUUUACGUCGGAGAUCUAUAAAGUAGAAAUUCAAAACCUCCCCAAAUAUAUUGGUUUUAAUGAAGUAAAGAAGUUCCUUGCCAAAUAUGGCCUUAACCCUCACAAGAUAAAACUGUUUGGGAGACAGACUUUUGCAUUUGUCACCUUUAAGAGUGAGGAGGAUAGGGACAAAGCUAUGAAGGUCCUUCAUGGGGUCCGGUGGAAGAACCGAAACUUAAGUGUGAGACUUGCAAAACCAAAGGCUGAUCCCAUCAUAAAGAAGAGGAAAAGAGAAGAGGAGGAGGGAGAGGAGAUGAAAGAGCAGACAGCAGCAAAGUGUUUGGCUUCAAAUAAUGGCAAAGAAGAGCCCCUGAGUAAGCAGAUAGCAGAUGUGGUGACCCCUUUGUGGAAUAUCCCAUAUGAGGAGCAGUUGGCAAGGAAGAAGGAAGAAUGUGAGCAAGUGCUGCUGAAACUGACAAGGGACAUAGGGAACAACAACCGAGCUCUUUUACCAUGGCUUUUCAUGCAGAAGGAGAAGUGCAAUGGUCUGUGUUGCUCCCUGGAAGGAGUGAAAGCAUCACCAUUACAGACUGAGUACCGCAACAAAUGUGAAUUUUUGAUUGGCAUAGGCCCGAAUCAAGAAGAUAAAACUGUGGGGUUUCGCCUUGGCAAAUACAAGGGUGGAACAUGUGCUGUAGUGGAACCAUUUGACACCAUUCACAUCCCUGCUGUAACCAAAAAGGUAGCAAAGGCUUUUCAAGAUUACAUAAGGUCUACAUCCUAUGGUGUCUACAGCCCAGAAACCUACAAAGGUCACUGGAAACAGCUAACGGUUCGCACUAGUAGAAAUGGCCACAUCAUGGCAAUUGCUUAUUUUAAUCCACAGAAACUAAAUGAAAAAGAGCUCGCAGAACUGCAAACUUCUAUGGCUAAGUACUUCACAGAAGGCACUGGAAAGGACAGUGGAAUAACUUCUCUCUACUUUGUGCAGGAAGGUCAAAGAAAAUCACCCAAUCGUGAAGAUUUGACCUUGGAGCACGUUGCUGGUGACAAGUACAUAUAUGAAGAUCUUCUUGGGCUAAAGUUCCGGAUUUCUCCCCAUGCUUUUUUCCAAGUAAACACACAGGCUGCUGAGGUUCUGUAUUCAGUCAUCCAGGAAUGGACCCAGGUGAACCAGGAGACGACUGUGAUGGAUGUUUGCUGUGGAACUGGAUCAAUUGGUAUUUCGCUUGCCAAGAAAGUGAAGAAAGUUAUUGGAAUUGAACUUUGUCAAGAAGCUAUUGAAGAUGCCAAAGUGAAUGCUCAGCUUAAUGAGCUAAAUAAUGUUGAAUUCCACUGUGGAAAGGCUGAAGAUCUUGUUCCUUACCUGGUUAACUUCCUGGCACUGCAGAAUUCCAUUACAAUUGUAGAUCCUCCUCGAGCAGGGCUGCAUUCCAAAGUAAUUGUUGCAAUCCGAAAAGCAGAACACAUAAAGAAGCUUAUUUAUGUAUCCUGCAAUCCUCGAGCUGCCAUGAACAACUUUCUGGACCUUUGUCGAGCUCCUUCAAAUCGUGUCAAAGGAAGCCCUUUUCGUCCUGUUAAAGCAAUAGCAGUGGACCUCUUCCCUCACACUAUGCAUUGCGAGCUGCUGUUCUUCUUCGAAAGAGUUCAGCAUUCAAGUGGCAAGCCUUCUGAAGCAGUCCAGAACUCAACUGAAAUUCCAGAAUUGAAAUUGGAAACAGCAGGUUCUACAGAAGAGGGCAAUGCAAACCUGCCUAAAGAAGAGGAAACCCCUGACGGUUCCAGCAAUUGAUAUUUAUGCCAGCUGGCUAGGCUGUGCCUAUUUUCAUUCUUAAAAAUCAAAACAGCUGCUGUCCUGUUUAGGAA